UGUAAUCCAAAAAUAAGUGGCUAAAAAUAGGGAAAAGAAAAUUGAAGAUUGAGUAGAAAAGAGAUUAAAAGAAAAAAAAAUGAAUAAAGAAAAGGGGGACAAAAAUUUCUGUUGGUGGUCCAUUUGAAAGUCUACAUCAUCAGAGAGGAACCGUAGAGAGUGAAAAACCGUAGAGAAUGAGAAACGAUUUUCUCUCAUUUCUUACUUUCUUCUAUUUCUUUAUGAUCUUUAUAAACAAUACUCCAUUUUGCGUAUAAUUAUGCACUCCAACUUGAAUGGUACCACCAAGCAACGUUGCUUUCGCUAUACUUCAAAUGGGUUUGAGAAGUAAUCUCUUGUGAAGAAGAUAGACUGAUUGAUUUUAAAGACGAAGAAGAAAGUAGAGAGAUCGGCUGCCAUUGAAGCACACCAACUUGGCUUUAAUUUCCAUUUUUCCUUCAAACCCUGUUGCUAUUUUUCUCUGAUUCAUCUCCAUUUCCCCUUUGAUUGAUCGAUUGGGUUUGUAAUCCCACAUUUCACGAGUUGGGGUUUACUGGGAAUUUCGUGAAAAAGGGGAAUUUGGGUAAUUUAAUAGGAAUCUUCUUUUUGGAAUUUGAGGUGGGUUGUUGCUAAUUUUGGAAGUGAUUUGGUGAAUUGUGAAGUUUUUGUUGCUGUAAAUGGAGAUUAAAGUAGGGACUGUAGGUGGAUCCAGUACAAUCGGGCGUCAAUCGGAUGAUACUGGACUUGAAUCGCUUCAAUUCUGUGAAGAAAUUCAGGGGUUGAUGACUAUUCCGGCGGAAAAUGCUAGCUCCUUCACCGCACUUCUGGAACUCCCGGCGACGCAGGCUUUAGAGCUACUUCACUCGCCGGAUUCCGCGGCGGCGGCGGUUGUGAACGAUGAUUCCGUUCAUCACUGUAUCAAAGACGUUCCGAAACCCUACUUUAGUGCCUUCAACUGCAAUUUGACCUUUCCGACGAACUCGGGUCUAAUUGAACGUGUUACCAAGCUCUCGAUUUUGGCUAAAGAGCAUUCGCCGGAGACGACAAGCUCAGUGCCGUUGAAUUCGAGUGUGAAUUUUGAGAAGGUGAAGAACGAGCCCACAACUGACACCGAUUCGAACCCUAAUCCCUUGCAGACUUUAAUCUCCGAUCCGAAGGUGGAGAACACGAACCAGAGAUCGGCGAAGAGGAAGGAACGCGAGAAAAAGGGAAGAGGGUCAACAAAGAAGAGCAAGAAUGAAAGCAACGAGGAUGCAGAAAAGCUUCCUUAUGUUCAUGUCCGAGCUCGCCGUGGUCAAGCGACAGACAGCCAUAGCCUAGCAGAGCGAGCAAGGAGAGAGAAAAUCAAUGCUCGGAUGAAGCUACUUCAAGAACUGGUCCCUGGAUGCAAUAAGAUCUCAGGCACAGCUCUAGUGUUGGAUGAAAUCAUCAACCAUGUACAAUCACUGCAGCGUCAAGUGGAGUUCUUGUCAAUGAGGCUUGCCGCAGUUAACCCCAGAGUUGAUUUCAACAUUGAAAGCAUAUUGGCUACAGAAAAUGAACCCAUACUCGAAAGCAACUUUCCAACGAUGGUUUCGCCAUUGAUGUGGCCAGAAAUCCCCGUAAAUGGAACAAGACAACAAUAUCAACCCCAAUGGCAUUUCGAUGGCUCAGUUAACCAGCAAGGGUGGGCAAGGGAUGAACAUAAUCAUCAUAAUUUCAGCCCUCCUGAAAACUCUCUUUUAAGUUACGACUCUUCAGCAAAUUCAGCAUCUCUGCACUCAAAUCAAUUGAAGAUGGAGCUGUGAAGGGCAACCAUUGUAUUGUUUUACUUGUAGCCAUCUAGUGUAUAUAGCCAUAUAUAUAAUAAUAGUAAUAGCAGUUUAGCAGAGGAAGUAUAGAAUCUACCUCAGCAUUCAACUGGUUCUUCUUCUUUCUCCGAGGUUCUCUCUAAUUAUCAGAGUCGAGAGCCGAGCAUGUCGACUUGGUUGGAAACCGGAUUGCUAUCAACAACAACUAGAGAGGAAUGUGAUUUGGUAUCUCCAAUUCUUAAUAUCUAAAAUUUUUAUUUGUAUACUAAUUUGGAGGCUCCUUUCAAGCUAAUACUGAGAUUGCCAGAUUAAAAUUGUAUUGAUUAUGAUUGCAAUUGUUAAAAGUGAUUGCUACUUGACCCAUGCCCUUACUCCCACUUAUUUUGUGCAAACUUUAUCUUCCACGUC